AUGUCCAAGUCCAAGCCCACCUUCGUCAUCGUCCACGGCGCCUGGCACCGCCCGGCACACUUCGAGCCACUGAUGAAGGCCCUGAACCAGCACGGGUACCGGACGGUGGCCCCCGCGCUGCCGUCGGUCGACAAGCUGCCCGAUGAAGUCGUGCCGGACCACCAGGCGGACAUCGCAAUCGUGCGGGAGGCCAUCCUGGCGGAACUGGAGUGCGAGGACGGCGCUGCGGCAGACGUGAUCGUCGUACCCCACAGCUAUGGCGGACUGCCCUCCUCAGGAGCCAUCCGGGGCCUUGAAAAACCGACUCGCGAAGCCGCCGGCCACAAGACGGGGGUCGUGGGCCUCGCGGCGCUGACGUCGUUCGUGCUGCCGGCGGGCAUGACGCUGGCGGCGGUGGAGGGCCGCGAGCCGCCCCAGCUGCCGGACCUCUUCGAUCCCCCGCCGGCGGACUUGUUCUUCCACGACCUCCCGAGCGACGAGGCCGCGCGGUGGGCGGCGCAGCUGGGUCCUAUGAGCUCGCGCGCCCUGCUCGACGCUUCGUCGUUCACCGCGUACACCGCCCCCGGCGUGCGCGUACACUACCUCCUCGUCGAGGACGACAGAGCCAUCAAGUUCCCCACCCAGCAGGCCAUAGUGGCCCGCAUGCGCGAGGACGGCGCGGAUCCCCGGACCGAGAGCCUCCCGGGGUGUGGGCACAGUCCGUUUCUCAGUCGGAUUGAAGAGACGGUUGCGUUUCUGAGGCGCAGUGCGGGGGAGGACGUUCCUUAA